GGACCUUGACAUAGCCUUAGUAACCAAGCAGCGUACACAGAAAAACAGGACAGGAACUUCCGGUUGAUACAAAAAAAUGGGUUGUGAGGAAUAUUAUCCUCUGAGCAUUUUCUUAAGUCUUUGCAGAUCAGGAAAUAUUUAGAAAUAAAAUGAUAAUAUACACAAACAAACCUGACGCGCAGCCGUACAGCGAAUCAGCCCAAGGCACACUGUACCAUUAGCAUAGCAUCAGAGCUCAACAGCAGCUACUGUACGACAAAACACCUCUAAUGUCUUUGUCCUUUAAUAAUAGCAUAAAUUAGGUCAAACAUGGAAGCAAAAAGGGAUAAAGAUCAAGAAACAGAGUGUGCAAAGAUCACUAAUGGGCUCCUGAAGUCCCGAACUGGAGAAUUUGAUUUGGAAUCCAUUUUAUUUCUCAAACUAAGGGGCCUAGGAAUAUAUGAUCUCGGAUGCAUUGGAGAAUGUAUAAACCUGGAAAGGCUGGACCUCUCUGGGAAUAAUAUUACAAAUCUAGCACCUCUUGUGUCACUCCGACUUCUUCUUGUGCUUAAUCUGUCUGCUAACAGGAUUUCCAAUAUAGAAUCCCUCUCUGGUUGUGAAAGUCUACAGAGUCUGAAUAUGGCAGGCAAUCUUAUAUCCAGCAUUGAUGGCCUCCAUGCUUUGAAGUCUUUACGGAAAUUAGAGAGUAUUAGGCUGAAGGACAACACCUACAAUUACACUAAUCCAGUUUGCAAGAACCCAUCAUACAGAAACACAGUGCUUGAAAUGUUCCCAAACAUCAAAGUGUUUGAUGGGGAACGGGUGGCUGGCCGAGGAAGUGAUCUUUACCAGUUAUGUAAAGACAUUGAUGACACAAUAAAAGGCAUGUAUAAAAAUGGCCAGCUGCCAGAACUGCCAGAAUGUAAGCCAUGGGUAGAAGAUGGAUUUUGGGAGAUAAAGAGAUCAAAUAAUGCCAUUGUUGAAGAAGCCUACAAACAAUUUAAUGAUGUUAUUCAUGAAUGCAGGCUGCUAAACAGAAGAGCAGCUCAUGCAAUCUCACAAACUGAAAGGACACUUGGCCUCAAAAACCCGCCAAAGCAGUAUUCUGUUUAAAAUGAGCACGCACUGCUAAAUAUUAUUGUAUUAACAUAGGUGCUAUCACACACCUUUUCUAUUUGUUUUUAAAGACAAUGGUUUGACCGCAUGGUUUACACAUCACUGGUGCCAGAACUCCUGAAUAGUCAGUGCAUAGAGGGCAAGCUUUACUGUAACUCCAUUGCUGACCUCUUGUUGUUAUACUGUCAUUUAUUAACUGUUCUUGUUUUUCCUUUCAUCCACUGCUUAUUGACUUUAUUUUUGUGUGCUGCAUAGAAUUGUUCACAGUCUUUGUAAUCUUGCAUUGUUUACUUUUUACAUUUUGCCUGCAUAUUUCUGACUCUGAACUUCAUCGAAGAAUUUAAAAAUGUUUAAUAUUAACUAUCGAUGGCAUCAUGGCACAGUGAGUUGAGCCAGAAUUCAUUCAUUUUAAUAUUGAACAAGUUUAGAUAUGUUAGCUGGGCAAAUUAAUUAAUACAUAAGCAAAAAAUACACUGGAAUGAGUGAGGAAAACAGCAUUUUCCCCCAAUUUGAUCAGAUCACAAUAGGAUUAUACUUUUCAGUGUGGAGUAAUUUGGAUAACUAGUUUUACAUCGCCAUCUUGUGGCUGUUUUACUGUGCUUUUUGUUCUGACACCAGCUAACAGUCCAGUGUCACAUAGACUUUUUAAAAUACCAUUCAUGCAGAUAUACCAGGACUAUAUUGGCUAAUCUUUCUUGCCAUUAUUAAACAAUACUUGUAUUUGUGAUACUUUUGUUUUUUAAUUCUCAAAGUGUUGACUAUUUCUGGGAAAAUAUAUAGCAUUUAUAUCUGAAAAAGCAUGGCUUAUUUUAUUUUUAUUUUUUUACUUUCAUUCAUAAUUGCAUGUUUAAAGUAUUUUUUAUUUGUAGCACACGGUUGUGACAUUAAUAAAUUACAUUUCAA